AUGAUUGCAAGCCAAGCACUCAUGAACGAGGUUUGCGAUGAGGAACGAUUUAGAAAGAACGUUGUAGCUGCACUGGUCGAAGUGCGCAACGGUGUACACGAUGGUCUCUUCACAGCGCAUGCCGAAGAAGAAAAUUGGGGCAUCGCACAUCGCGUGCUGUUACCAGCGCUCGGACCACUUGCCAUUCGCGGCAUGUUCGACGACAUGCACGACAUUUCUUCUCAGCUUGUCAUGAAGUGGGCGAGAUAUGGAGCAGGACACCAGAUCAACGUCACCGACGACUUCACGCGCCUGACUCUCGACACCAUCGCGCUAUGUGCUAUGGACUACCGUUUCAACUCGUAUUACACAAACGAGAUGCAUCCAUUCAUCGACGCAAUGGUGGAUUUCCUCAAGACCAGCGGGGACCGAGCAAGGAGAGACCCCAUCAUGCAAAUGUUCUACAGCGCCGAGACCCAGAAGUACUGGAGGGAUAUUGACUUACUGCGCAAGACUAGUCUUGAGGUCGUCGAGACGAGAAAGAAGAACCCUACAGACAAAAAGGACCUGCUCAAUGGCAUGUUGAAAGGUGUUGAUCCGAAAACUGGAAAGAAGAUGACUGAAGAAAGCGUCAUGGACAACAUGAUUACAUUUUUGAUUGCUGGGCAUGAAACAACUUCCGGCUUAUUGUCAUUCGCAUUUUACUACCUGCUAAGGAAUCCGGACGUAUACCAAAAAGCACAGCAAGAGGUCGACAAUGUCGUUGGCAAAGGUCCAGUCAAUGUUGAUCACUUAUCACGUGUUCCUUACCUGACAGCUGUGCUUCGAGAAACUCUUCGACUUCAGCCAACUGCCCCAGCUAUCAAUCUUACCGCAAAGGAAGACACCACCAUUGGCGGUAAAUAUGCCGUAAAGGCUGGGCAGCCAAUCAUUUGUCUCUUCCCCAUGAUUCAUCGGGAUCCUGCUGUAUACGGAGAAGACGCUGAAGAGUUCCGUCCAGAGAGGAUGCUCGAUGAGGAGUUUGAGCGACGCAACAAGGAGUUCCCCAAUUGCUGGAAGCCCUUUGGAAACGGCAUGCGCGCAUGUAUCGGAAGAGCCUUUGCCUGGCAAGAAGCUCUCCUGGUGCUCGUCCUCCUGCUGCAGAACUUGAACUUUUCAAUGGACGACCCUUCAUACCAACUCCAAAUCAAGCAGGCUUUGACCAUCAAGCCCAAGGACUUUUACAUGCGCGCAACUCUUCGCAGCGGAAUCUCAGCUACAGGCCUCAAGACAUCUUUAGCAUCAGCCACUGCCAACCGGCCAGACUCCACUAAGAGCACCAGUGGUACCGCCAAAGUAUCAGACGGAAAGGCCGCAAAGGGAAAGCCGAUAGCCAUCUACUAUGGUUCGAACACAGGGACUUGCGAGGCGCUGGCUAACCGCCUUGCCAGUGAUGCUGCACAGCAUGGUUUCACUGCAGAGGUGGUAGACACUUUGGAUACUGUGCGCGAGAAUCUACCGACCGACAAACCUGUCGUAAUCGUCACCCCGUCUUAUGAAGGAGCUCCCGCAGAUAAUGCAGCGCAUUUUGUCAGCUGGCUAGCCACCCUGAAGGAGAAGGAGCUGGAGAAUGUCUCAUACGCAGUCUUCGGAUGUGGCCACCGUGAUUGGGCGAAGACAUAUCAGAAGAUCCCCAAGUACAUUGACGCCACUCUGGAGGAACGCGCUGCGACUAGGGUAGCCGACAUGGGCGUUGCUGAUGCCGCAGAAGGUGACAUCUUUACUGCAUUCGAGACUUGGGAAGACCAGAUCCUGUGGCCAGCUCUACGCGCCAAGUACGGAUCAGAGCAAGCUACUGGUGAAGGCUCAUUGGAGACCAAUCUCGACGUCGAAAUUUCGGCACCCAGAUCGUCUACGCUCCGUCAAGAUGUCUACGAGGCCGUUGUAGAGAAUGUCCAGGUUCUUUCCACAUCUGAUGCGAGUGAGAAGAGGCAUAUCGAGAUAAGCCUCCCAUCAAGCAUGUCAUACACGGCGGGUGAUUACCUGGCCAUCCUACCUUUGAACCCCAAGCAGAACAUCCAGCGUACCAUGCGAUACUUUGGCUUGACUUGGGAUUCAAUGCUCACCAUAUCCACGAAUGGCCCAACCACACUACCAACCGAUAUACCAGUCAGCGCCAAUGCUGUCCUCGGCGCCUACGUGGAGCUUGCUCAACCAGCGAGCAAGCGCAAUGUCCAAGCCCUGAUCGAUACCACAACCGACGAUACCGAAAAGAAGGAACUCACCCGCCUAGCCGACGAAGCAUUCAGCUCAGAGAUAACAGCAAAGCGAGUAUCCAUCCUCGACCUCCUCGAACAAUUCCCAUCUACCAAGCUACCCCUCGGUGUCUUUCUGAAGAUGCUGCCACCCAUGCGCGUACGACAAUACUCCAUCUCAUCGUCGCCCAUCUGGAACCCAUCCAACGUCACACUCACAUACUCGGUCGUAAACGACGUAGCACUCAGCGGUCGCGGACACCACGUCGGCGUCGCCACAAACUACCUCGCCAACCUCACCGCGGGCGAUAGACUCCACGUCAGCGUCCGCCAGUCACACAAGGCGUUCCACCUCCCCAAGGACCCGGAGAAGAUCCCCAUCAUCAUGAUAGCAGCAGGCACCGGCCUCGCACCCUUCCGCGGCUUCAUCCAAGAACGUGCCGCACAAGUCGCAGCCGGCCGCAACCUCGCGCCCGCCAUCCUCUUCUACGGCUGCCGCACACCCACCACCGACCUCAUGUACGCUGAUCUCCUCAAGCGCUGGGAAGAUAUGGGCGCGGUAUCCAUCCGCUACGCCUUUUCCCGCCAACCUGAGGAGUCGCAUGGCUGCAAGUACGUGCAAGAUCGCGUGUACCACGACCGUGCCGAUGUGGUCAAAUUAUUUGAUGCAGGGGCUAAGCUGUUUGUCUGCGGGUCCCGCAAUGUAGGCAAUGGUGUGCAGGAGACGCUUAUAAGGGUGGCGAAGGAGAGGCACCUUGAGAAGGAAGGUGUUGAGGCGGAUGAUGCGAGGACGAGGGUAUGGUUUGAUGAGUUGAGGAAUGAGAGGUUUGCUACGGAUGUGUUUGAGUAG